CAAAAUGACGUCUUUUUCUAAAAGUAUUUUAUGGCAAAGAAAACGAAACGCAUACUGUUAUCUUUGCAAAAAGUCGUACAGUGAUAUCUUACCUAGCAGUGCCAGUGUACUUAUUAAAAAUAACAAAAACAUUAAUGAUUCGAAGUCGACUGAUAACCUCAAACAAAUUCCUAAUGAUAAAGAAAUUUCUCAAGAAUUUAGAUUGAACGAUGUUAAUAUACAAAUGAUAUCGAAAAACAUUUAUGAUCAAUUGUUUAAAGGAACAGCGAAUUCAAUUAAUUGUGAAAUAAUUAAGAGGUGCCAAAAUCAUUUAAAGAAACAUGGCAUUGACUAUCAUGAAUAUAAACAAAUGCCAGAUGUGGAACUUAAAUUACCCAAAUUACAAGGAAAAGAUAUUAUAGAACACUUUUACAAUAUCGGGGAGAAGCAAUGUUCGCCUUAUAGACACUUAUUACUUGAAAUCACAAAGCGCCAGUUGCCUAAACAACCAAAGGUAUGGAGCAAACAAGCCGGUUGGACCAAGUAUACGGCACAGGGCUCUACAGCAGUGCCUUGUCCAGAGGAUGAUGCACUGCUAUUUGAUGUGGAAGUGUUGAUGAGUGCUGGAAAAUGUCCCACUUUAGCAUGUGCCGUGUCACCUAAAGCAUGGUAUGGUUGGGUUAGUGAACCUCUUGCCAAUGGCAGGCCCCAUGAAGUUUUUGACAGUGUGAGAUAUGAAGAUCUUAUACCAAUGGAAACAGAUGGUGCCAAGCCAUGUGGAGAUCUCAAUAGACCAAGGAUAAUUAUUGGACAUAAUGUGUCUUAUGAUAGGGCGAAAAUUAAAGAGCAGUAUUGGCUAGACAAAACAGGUGUGCGUUUCAUGGACACUAUGUCAAUGCACACAUGCGUCAGUGGUGUCACAAGUUACCAGAGAACAGUGCUGAAAUCCAAAAGUGACCCAGACCCAUCAGAUGAAGACUGGAUGGAAAUAAGCUCACUCAAUGGAUUGUCUGAUGUGCACAACUUGUACUGUGGCGCGCCAAUCAACAAGGAAACCCGGGACAUUUUCGUCGAAGGUUCUUUGGAAGACGUCCACGAGAAUUUUCAACAGCUAAUGAAGUAUUGUGCGGGCGACGUGGUGGCUACGUACAAUGUGCUUAAAGAGCUACUCCCGUUAUUCCUUGAGAGGUUUCCACAUCCUGUGACCCUGGCGGGAAUGCUGGAGUUAGGAUUAGCAUACCUGCCCGUUAACUCCAACUGGCUGCAGUAUAUCGAUUCUGCAGAAACCGUUUUCGAAGACUUGAAAUUGGAGUCGCAGCAGAUCCUGUCUUUGAAGGCAGAUGAAACAUGCCGUCUCAUGGAAGGCGAUGCCUAUAAAGAGGAUCCUUGGAUGUGGGAUCAGGAUUGGUCCACCCAACCGUUAAAAAUGAAGAAAUCUGUUAGUAAGAAGACGAAAACUGACACUAAACCCGAUGACGAAACAGAAACUAUUGAAACAGAAAGUAUUAAACAGGGCAAUUCGGAAAUUUUGAACGAAGAUUAUAUUGCAACGUUAGAAGACCAGAUACAAUCCAUAGACAAGAAAGAGUUUAAAGAUCUUAGCAAACGUUUCCAGCAUCUGUAUGAUCUCAGCAAAGCAUUGCCAGUAAAGAGGCCUUACUUAGCCGGAUAUCCGGCCUGGUACAGGAAGUUAUGUACGAAGCCCGAUGGGAGCGCUGACUGGAGUCCGGGAGCCAAUAAUGUUACUACUAGUAUGCAGAUCACCCCAAAGCUUCUUCGCCUCACUUGGGAGGGCUACCCGCUCCAUCACAUAAAAGGCGAAGGGUGGGGGUUCCUGGUACCAUUCAGCAGAACUCAGGAAGAAGUUGAGGACGAACCGAAAUUACCUCUCAACAAACUUCUAGAAACAUGCCCGAUGCUUGUGUCCAAGGAACAAGUUGAUGCCGAGGCGUAUAUGCUACCAAAAACCGUUGAGGAGGACUUGGGAAGACGAGCGUAUUACGCUCGUAAGAGGCGCGAGGAACAAGCGGCUGCUAAUCAGUACCACGGCCUAGGAGUAUGGUCCGGUAUACAGAUACAAGGUUGCUGCCACUUCUUCCGUUUGCCUCACAAAGACGGACCGAAGUAUAAAGUUGGCAAUCCGCUGGCUAAGGAUUUCCUCAACAUGUUCAGUCAGAACGUUCUGUCGGCGCAGGGCAAUGAGGCUGAGAAGGUAUUGUCGUUCGGCCGUAUGAUGUCGUACUGGCGCAACAACAGACAGCGAGUAAUGGGGCAGCAAGUUGUGUGGCUACCUGACACCGCGCUGCCGGCAACACUAGCGACCUCUACACAGCGGUACGGCGCCAUAGUGCCGCAGGUUGUGGUGUGCGGGACGCUUACCAGGCGCGCGAGCGAGCCAACGUGGAUGACGGCGAGCAACGCGCACCGCGAGCGCGUGGGCUCGGAGCUGCGCGCGAUGGUGCAGGCGCCGCCCGGGUACAGGUUCGUCGGCGCUGACGUCGACUCACAGGAGCUAUGGAUAGCGGCGUUGUUAGGCGACGGUAACACUGGCGUGUGCGGCGGCAGCGCGUUCGCGUGGGCGGUGCUCGCGGGCGACAAGCGAGCACGCACCGACCUGCACGCGCUCACGGCGCGAGCGGCCGACGUGCAACGCGAACACGCCAAGGUCAUCAACUACGCCCGGAUAUACGGCGCUGGUCAGAGUUUUGCCGAGCGCUUACUGAAGCAGUUUAAUCCUACGAUGACGAUAUCUGAGGCAAAGAGUAAAGCGGCUAAAAUGUUCUCAUCGACUAAAGGAAAACGAGUGUAUAGACUUAAAAAGAAGUAUAUGGAAGGAUUCUUAGACGAAGAUAUAGGUGAUCAGGCGGUAGAAAUGACGGCGUAUCAAGCGACUCGGUUGGCCAAGCUCAGUGGCAAGGCGGUGUCGGACAUGUUCGAGCGACCGCGUUGGGAGGGAGGCACGGAGUCCGAAAUGUUCAACAAACUGGAAGAAAUCGCAGAUUCUCCCGCGCCAUGUACAGCGUUCUUGAACGGGCGACUGUCGCGCGCUCUGGUGUCCGACAGCGGCGAGUCGCGGUGGCCGGCGACGCGACUCAACUGGGCGGUGCAGAGCGCCGCCGCCGACUUCCUGCACCUAAUGCUUGUGGCCAUGACGCAUCUCGCGCCACGGGCUAGAUUCUGCCUAAGCUUUCAUGAUGAAGUGAGAUACUUGGUGGCUGACGAAUACAAGUAUGAAACUGCCAUGGCUUUACAAAUAACAAACUUGUUUACAAGAGCUUUCUGCUCGCAAAUGGUGGGCAUUAAAGAUUUGCCGAUGUCUGUGGCAUUCUUUACAUCUGUAGAAGUGGACCAGGUGCUGAGGAAGGAGUCAAAUUUGUGCUGCACAACACCAUCUAAUCCGCACGGGUUAGAAAAGGGAUAUGGGAUACCUGAUGGAGAGUCCUUGACAAUUUUUGAUGUCAUUGAUAAAUGUAAGAAAAAAUAAAUAUUUCCUUUAUGAAUUUA